UCGGUCUCGAUGGCGGUGGAGGAGCGGAGGCUGGUGAGGAAAAUCGACUGGCGCAUCAUGCCCAUCGCAGAGCCUGUGGACUCUACCAUCGCAUGCAUCAUGUAUCUCUUUGCUUUCUUGGACCGGUCGAACCUCGGGAACGCACGUCUGCAAGGGCUACCGCAGGACACCCUACACGGCGACCCGACGGGCGUGCAGUUCGACUGGGUAAACUCAGUGUUUUUCUUCUCAUACAUCAUCUGUCAAGUUCCAGCGACGCUCUUGUCCAAGUUAUGCCCGCCGCGCAUCUGGCUCGGGUGUGCGACGGUGGGGUGGGGAUUGUGCUCGGUGCUCAUGUCCACGGCGUUCAACUUCCCUGGUCUGCUUGUCGCUCGCAUCGGGCUCGGCGUCUUCGAGGCCGGGUUUGGACCCGGUAUUCCCCUUUACAUGUCGUUCUUUUACACGAAAGAGGAGAUGGGUAUGCGCAUGGCGUACUGGUUCGGGUUCGCCGCGGUAGCCGGCGCGUUCGGCGGUCUUAUCGCGUUCGGUGUGCAAAACGUGCACGCGGCGGUGGCGAACUGGAAGCUGCUGUUCAUUAUCGAAGGUCUCCCGACGGUGCUCAUCGGGGUGCUGGCUAUGGUGGUGCUGCCGAACAGGCCCGAAGAGACGACCAUGUUCAACGAGAAGGAGCGUGAGAUCGCUCUGGAGCGUAUGAACCGCGGCAUCAAAGCGGACACCGGGAGGACUGUAACAAAAGCCCACAUCUACGCGGCGUUCAAGGACUGGAGGAUUUACGCGGCAGGUGUCUUGUACUUUGGGGCCAAUUGUGCCCUUGCGUCUAUAUCUGCAUUCUUGCCCACUAUCAUCACCACAUUCGGAUUCACGAAUGCACGCGCGCAGCUGCUCACCGUGCCGCCAUACGCCGUCUCUGCGGUGUACCUGUGCUUGAACUCCUACGUGUCGGACCGGCUGCAAAGCCGCGGGAUCUUCGUUGCGGCAGCCAGCGCGCUGGCCGGCAUAGGCUACGUGCUGUUGCUCACAGUGGCCGAGAACAACCAUGUCCGCUACUUUGCGACGUUCUGCAUCACGAGCGGGACCUACACAACGAUCGGGAUCAUCAUCGCCUGGUUCGCCCACAACCUCGGAUCUGAGACUAAGAAGGCGACCGGAAUCCCGAUGUAUAUGGCUAUUGGCCAGUGUGGUAGCGUGUUGGGGUCACAUAUCUACCCGAAAACGGACGGUCCGCGGUAUAUCAAAGGCUUCGCUGUGACUUGCGCAUUGCAAUUUGUUGCAGCGCUCGCGGCGGUUAUCCUUACGGUAUCCUACCGCAUGGAGAACAAGCGGAGAGACCGGAAGCACGGCAAAGCCGUACGAGAUGCUCCGGUGGACACGUCGGAGCUGGCGGACAAGGCCCCGCUCUUCCGUUACGUCCCGUGAUGAGAUGUCCAUGAAGGUGUUGAGCAAACGCAAUUUGAAACGAAGUUUUUGUUGUCUAUGUACGAAAUCCAUGAUUUG